UGGUGAUGGCAACAGUGUCUCCUCUGCUCGGCUCGCGAGGACUAGUCCGGUCAGGAUGUGAGUCGUGACUGACGCUUAGUAACACUCACUCAGGAGAAGUCCUGGGAUUCAACUCACACUCAACUCUAGAAAUGAGGCUGGAGAGAAAGAAAGAAACACUCCUCUUCUGGUGACUUGCUUUGAGGCAGCUUGGGUCUCUCGGAAGAACAGCUGUGUUUAUCAGAGAUGUCCAGCACUGUGUCCCCAAAAGUCCCCUCCGCGAGCUCCUCCGCGGACCAGAGGACCGUCGUCGUGGGGGCAUUUUGUUGUCUGGUGUUUUUCUUCAUGAUCGUGGUGCUGCUGUUGAUCCUGUACCGGAAGGUUCCUCUCUGCUGCAAAAUGAGGGCUCUUCAGGAAUCUCGUACUGACAUGGAAUCUCCUCCUCAGUACUACAACAGCAGACAGACUCUUGUAGCUUCUUCUGAUGUGGAGCAAACACAUGACAGCGGUCUUGAUAACGUGAAUGCACGGUCGGGCUCGUUGUUCCUGAUCGGUGUGCCGAGCAGCUACUACCUUUCCCCGCUGGAGCCUCCUCUUCCUCGUCUGCCCUCGUACGAGAGCGUCCGCAAGAAAGACCGCCAGCGGCAGAUCCACAUGAUGAUAGCCGACCGCUUCGGCCUGAGCGGAUCAGUCGAGACAGAGCCGCCUCCCACAUAUGAGGAGAGCAUUCGUGAGUCCGUCCAGGGCAUUGAUGUCCCGUUUGACAUCCUGGCACCCGCGGAGGAGCUUACAGUCCCAGACACAGAUUUACCUGCAUAUGAAGAUCUACCUCAAAUCACAGACUCACAGGACCCCAGUCACACUGUUAAUUAAAGCACAAGAACACGAUCGGCAGCUGUUGAGCUGUCACUAGCCUGACGAGCAGCCGCUCUGCUUGCAAAAGACACCGAAAUAGGGACGGACUUGACCUAUGCAAUAACUUGCACAAGCACAAGACGAGAGGAGGAGGAUGUUGCAUCACUACUGGAAAAAGGGAAGAGAAGAACAAGAAUAUGCAAGAGUUUAAGUUCUGUCGCUGUUAAAAAAUGACAUGAAACUUCUACUUUAUAGAACUAUAAGGAUUGUAGAUAUUUCCAAGCCUCAACAUUACAUCACGUCCCAUGAUAUUAUUACAUUUAUACAUAAGUGGGGAAUGUUGAUUUCAUUUUGAUUAAAAAAAAUGUUGUUGUUUUUUCUUUUUGGGGGGGGAAUAACAUCCAUUUAUGAAAAAUAACACUAGUGACAUCUAUUAUAACCAUAAAUAAAGUCUAUCUUGAUUUCAUGUUGAAGUUCAUCUAAAACCAAAGUAGCAGCUGGUGUACUGUACUGACCUAAAGCACACAAAUAAUGAAGAUUUGAAGCCAUGUUUUUGUACAUUACGGGGAAAUUGUAUCACUAUUUUAGGCAGACGAGUUUUAAUUCAAUCCUGUUUUUAAACAAACUGCUCAUUUUUUUUUGUGUACAUGUUCCUUGUCGGACCAAAUGAUACUUUGCUGCGAUUCUAUUUGUUGAAUCUCUCUUUUUUUUAAAUAACCUUUUAUGAAUGCGCUCGAUUGUAUCACUGUGAAUAAAGAUGUUAAAUGUACAGUUUGCAGAAGUAAUACU